CAGCUCUAACUCGAUAACGAUAGUAUAUCAACAAUAGUAUUCACUGGCGACGCCUUUGCCAGCUCUCCUGUUUUGCGUGUGUGUUUCUUUUCUGUGUGUAAAAUUAUUGUCAAAAUGUCGGCGGAAGUUGAUUUUAUCAAUAAAAAAGAAGUGCAUCUACGCACACUAAAGCAAUCGGGGCACGUCGGAUUCGACAGUUUGCCGGAUCAAUUGGUUAAUAAAAGCGUACAAAACGGAUUCGUUUUCAACGUCAUGUGUAUUGGCGAAACGGGUCUUGGAAAAUCGACGUUGAUGGAUACACUGUUCAACACUAGUUUCGAGUCGACGCCGAGUCCACAUACACUGCCCAGCGUCAAAUUGAAGGCACACACAUACGAGCUACAGGAGAGCAAUGUGCGAUUGAAGCUAACGAUUUGCGAUACGGUCGGAUAUGGCGAUCAGAUCAACAAGGACGAUUCAUUCAAGGCCGUGGUCGAUUAUAUUGAUGCACAGUUCGAGAACUAUUUACAAGAGGAGCUGAAAAUCAAGCGAUCCUUGGUCACAUGCCACGAUAGUCGCAUCCACAUUUGUCUCUACUUCAUUUGUCCGACGGGGCACGGUUUGAAAUCGCUGGAUUUGGUGUGCAUGAAGAAACUGGAUAGUAAGGUUAAUAUAAUACCCGUUAUUGCCAAAGCGGACACAAUUUCCAAGGUGGAACUGCAACGUUUCAAGGCAAAGAUCAUCCAGGAGCUAAACACAAAUGGGGUGCACAUCUAUCAAUUCCCCACCGAUGAUGAAACGGUGGCGGAAACGAAUAGCUUGAUGAAUUCACACAUCCCAUUCGCUGUUGUCGGCAGCACCGAAUUUAUUAAGGUGGGCAACAAGUUGAUCCGGGCCCGUCAAUACCCAUGGGGGACCGUUCAGGUGGAGAACGAGACCCAUUGCGAUUUCGUUAAACUGCGGGAGAUGUUGAUCCGUACGAAUAUGGAGGAUAUGCGCGAGAAGACGCAUACGCGACACUAUGAACUCUAUCGCCAAAAGCGUCUCGAGCAGAUGGGCUUCAGUGAUGUGGACAGCGAUAAUAAGCCCGUCUCAUUUCAGCAAACUUUCGAAGCGAAACGCUCCAAUCAUCUCGCUGAGCUGCAGUCCAAGGAGGAGGAAGUGCGUCAGAUGUUUGUGCAGCGUGUCAAGGAGAAAGAGGCAGAGCUCAAGGAUAGCGAGAAGGAUUUGCAUUUGAAAUUCGAGAAAUUGAAGCGAGAUCAUUCGGAGGAGAAGCGCAAGUUGGAGGAAUCACGGAAGGCCCUCGAGGAGGACUAUUUGGACUUUCAGAGACGCAAGCAGCAGUUGGCCACGGCACAUCAUACUCUGACGCUGGGCAAGAGCAAGAAGAAGUAGACGAUGAGCGUAGAGAUAAUCCGCUCAAUUGUCUAUUAGCUAUAAGCAAGCGUCGUCGUCGUCUUCUCGAGAGUAUUUUGUGCGUGUUGCGUAUAUCCCAAAGUAUAAUUAUUGCUUUCUCAUCUCGUUGUAUUUCAUUUAUGCUAUUAAGUUUAUUUCAAAUAUUAACAUAUACACACAUACAUACACACAUAUAUACAUAUAUAUGCAUAUACAUACAUAUAAGUAUGAUUAUUUACAAAACUAACGAAUAAACGAACUUAGUAUUUUAAAACAUUUAAA